CAAAGAUUGUUUGCUGAUCGAUCACCACGAUGUUUAUUUGUUAGAUCCGGUGCUUCUGCUUAGUUUUCAUAUGGGCUUAUCAAAAGUUUCGAUCUUUAUGGUGAAUUGAUUUGAUCCUGUCUUAAGCGCUUCAUAGGUUAAAGAGAAGUGUGUGGUUUUGAUUUGCUUCUAAGCGAAGCUGUUGAAGCUGAUUGAAAAUCUUGAAUUGGAGUUGGUUUUUGAGUUGUGUGAUAGAAGUGAGAGAAGGAUGUCGACACCAGCGAGGAAGAGAUUGAUGAGGGAUUUCAAGAGGUUGCAGCAAGACCCUCCAGCAGGAAUCAGCGGUGCUCCACAAGACAACAACAUCAUGCUCUGGAAUGCUGUUAUUUUCGGGCCUGAUGAUACCCCAUGGGAUGGAGGGACUUUCAAACUCUCAUUGCAGUUUCCAGAAGAUUAUCCAAACAAACCACCAACGGUUCGGUUUGUUUCAAGGAUGUUCCAUCCAAAUAUUUAUGCUGAUGGGAGUAUAUGCUUGGACAUUCUACAAAACCAGUGGAGUCCAAUAUAUGAUGUUGCUGCUAUACUUACCUCCAUCCAGUCAUUGCUCUGUGAUCCUAAUCCGAAUUCUCCUGCGAACUCGGAAGCUGCACGAAUGUUCAGCGAAAGCAAACGUGAGUACAACAGAAGAGUCCGCGAGGUUGUGGAACAAAGCUGGACUGCAGACUAGUAACAUAAUAUUUGUUGUAGAGCGUUUGUCUUCUUCGACAUUGAACUUAAUUCCUCUCUCGUGUUUCAUUCCACCAACACUUCUCUCUCUCUCUCUCUUUUUUCUCCUUUCCUGUCUCUGUGUUUUUCAAACUCCGUGAUAUGUUUCUUUUAAUGCUUCCAUGUAUUAUCUUCACCACAUUCAUAUUCAUAUUCUGAUCUUCACAAA